AUGUCAACUCCUUUCAUCCCAGACUUCCGUUCAAUCGGGCAGAACAUCUACUUCUACGAGCCGGAUCUGAAUGACACACCAAUACCCCAGGAUGCAAAGACGCAUCCCACCCUAAUCAUCCUGUGCACCUGGUUCGGCGGCGCAACACCCCGCCGCGUGGCCAAAUACACCAGCGGCUACCGCCAACGUUAUCUCCGCACACCCAUCCUGCUCAUCAACACUUCUUUCCGCGAUUAUGCCGCUCGAUCACUUCACUCCAUCGAUGCGAAUCUCACUCCAGCUAAGAAUACAAUAACCAAGAUAUUGCAAUCCACUCCCAAUGCCACGAUCUUGCUCCAUGUGUUCUCCAACGGCGGCUGUAACACUGUCACCCAGCUCGCGCGAGCAAUGAAAUCUCCAUCAUCAACCUCUGCUAUACCAGCAGACUUCAAAUCAGCACUGAAGCUAAUCAUCUUCGACUGUUGUCCUGGCGACUCAUCGUUUGACAGACUCUACGCUGCCGGAGCAAUGGCUCUGCCGACUGCUCAGCCUGGUCGUGCGAUUGGAGCCGCAGUGCUUUAUUCCACUGCUAAAGUGGCAUACGCGCUGCAGGGUGUUGGGGCUAUGAGGUCCAUAGAUGAUUACCGCGCGGAUUUGAAUGAUCCAGAAAUCUUUGGCGAUGCACGUAGGUUGUACCUCUAUUCUAGGAUUGAUGACAUGAUUCCCUGGAAAGAUGUAGAAGGGCAUAUGAUCGAGGCUAGUGGCAGGGGGUAUGCUGUUACAGGUGUCGGUUUUGAGGAUGGGAAGCACUGUGGAUCCACCAAUCAAUCAUCGUGUCAUCUCCUCGGUGACUUGGCGCCUGCCGGCCGCAUCCCCGCUUUCACCACUUCAACUACCAGUGCUUCAGUGCAGGCUAUGCCUCGAGAACUCAUCGCUAAGGCAAGAACGAUGUAUCUGAGAAACGGACAGAUGCAUCCGGAGCAAAUACCCUCUUGA